AGUAGGAAGUGAACUCUGAAAUGAGCUCAGGGUUUAUUCUGAGUAAACAGAAGAAGGUUGAAUGAUGAGACAGGGUGAGUGUUGACACAACGUUAUUAUCAUUUGAGUCAGUUUUCUCUUUAUCGACUGUGGAGGGAAGAAGAUUCACAAUCAACUUCUGAUCAUAAAUAAGUUGGAAGGACGGAGCAGAGUGUCCAGGAUCCAGAUGUCUGUCUAUGAAGAGUCCAGACUUCAUCCUCCAGACUUCAGUGAUGAAUCUAAACCUUCAGACACAAAAAUGACUGAAGUCCAGAAGAUGGAGGAAGAGGAGGAUGGAGCAGAGUCUACAGUAUCCGGAUGUCUGUCUAUGAAGAGUGAUAUGUCCAAAGAUGAACCUAUAAAAUUCGGGGAAGAACCUGGAUCCUCAGACACAAAAGGUCAGUACCACAGACAGAGACCAGAGUCUACAGUAUCCGGAUGUCUGUCUAUGAAGAGUGAUAUGUCCAAAGAAGAACCUAUAAAAUUCAGUGAAGAACCUGGACCCUCAGACACAAAAGAGAGGAAGAGGAGUCCUGUUUCUGUGGAGGAUCAGCUGUCCUGCUGUGCUUUGUGUCAGGACGUCCUGAAGGAUCCAGUCUCUACCAGCUGUGGACACUGGUUCUGCAGACAGUGCAUCACCUCAUACUGGGACCAGUCUGCUUCAUCAGGACACUCCUCCUGCCCCCUGUGUGGACAAAGAUCCAGAAUAAGACCUGGACUGCAGACAGCCAGUCAGAGCAGCACUGGACAAAAUGUUUGUCUCCAGGAGGUUUUAGAUGAACAUAAGAUCAGUCUGAGGAGGAGAUGUGAACAUGUGACUGAAGGAACUGAUGUAAGAGGAAGAGGAACCCUCCUCAACAGGAUCUACACUGAGCUCUACAUCACGGAGGGAUGGAAUGAAGAGGUUAAUACCCAACAUGAGGUGAAGCAGCUUGAGACAGCUUCCAAGAUGAAGGCCCUCCAUGACACUCCAAUCAGGUGCCAUGACAUCUUUAAAGCCUUACCUGACCAACAGAGACACAUCAGACUGGUUAUGACCUACGGCGUCGCUGGUGUUGGAAAAACCUUCUCAGUGCAGAAGUUCACUCUGGACUGGGCAGAGAGUGUGGAAAACCAAGAUGUCAGUGUGGUGAUUGUGCUUUCGUUCAGGGAGCUGAACUUGAUCACAGAUGAGCAGUACAGUCUUCUCAGGCUGCUCCAUGUUUUCCAUCCAACAUUACAGAAGGUCACAGCAGAGCAGCUGGCUGUCUGGAAACUUUUGUUCAUCUUUGACGGCCUGGAUGAAAGCAGACUUUCAUUGGACUUCAACAACAAUGAGGUUGUGUCUGGUGUCACACAGAAGGUAUCAGUCAACGUGCUGCUGACAAACCUCAUCAAGGGGAACCUGCUUCCCUCGGCUCUGGUCUGGAUCACUUCCAGACCUGCAGCAGCCAAUCAGAUCCCUCCUACAUGUGUUAACAGGGUAACAGAAGUACGAGGCUUCACUGACGACCAGAAGGAGGAGUACUUCAGGAGAAGGUUCAGUGAUGAAGAGCUGUCCAGCAGAAUCAUCUCCCACAUCGAGACCUCCAGGAGCCUCCACAUCCUGUGUGGAGUCCCAGUCUUCUGCUGGAUCACUGCUACAGUUCUGGAGCACAUGUUGACUACAGAGCAGAGAGGAGAGCUGCCCAAGACCCUGACUGACAUGUACUCACACUUUGUGAUGGUUCAGACAAAGAGGAAGAAGAACAAGUACCAUGAGGGACAUGAGACGAGUCCACAGGAGCUGAUGGAGGCUGACAGCGAAGUUCUUCUGAAACUGGGCAGGCUGGCGUUUGAACAUCUGGAUGAAGGAAACAUCAUGUUCUACCAAGAAGACCUGGAGUGCUGUGGUCUGGAUGUGACAGAGGCCUCAGUGUACUCAGGAGUUUGUACAGAGAUCUUCAAAAGAGAGAGUGUCAUCUUCCAGAAAUCAGUCUACUGCUUUGUUCAUCUGAGCGUUCAGGAGUUUCUGGCUGCAGUCUACAUGUUCCACUGUUACACCAAGAAGAAGACAGAGGACUUCCUGGGGAAAGACCACCAGGUCUCUGCUAAGUCUCUGGAUGACUUCCUGUAUGGAGCCAUGGAGAAAUCCCUGCUCAGUAAAAAUGGUCACCUGGACCUGUUUGUUCGCUUCCUUCAUGGCCUCUCUCUGGAGUCCAACCAGAGACUCUUAGGAGGUCUGCUGGGUCAGACAGAGAACAGUCCAGAAAUCAUCCAGAGAACCAUCAACAACCUGAAGGAGAUGAACACCGAUGAAAUCUCUCCUGACAGAAGCAUCAACAUCUUCCACUGUCUGAUGGAGAUGAACGACCUCUCAGUUCAUCAGGAGAUCCAAGAGUUCCUGAAGUCAAAGAAAAGAUCAAAGAAACUCUCUGGGAUCCAGUGCUCAGCUCUGGCCUACAUGCUGCAGAUGUCAGAGGAGGUUCUGGAUGAGUUGGACCUUUAUCAGUACAACACAUCAGAGGAGGGACGACGGAGACUGAUCCCAGCUGUGAGGAACUGCAGAAAGGCUCAAUUAACUGGAUGUGGACUCUCAGAGACUCACUGUGAAGUUGUGGCCUCAGCUCUGAAGUCCAACCCUUCCUAUCUGACAGAGCUGAACCUGAAUUUUAAUAACCUGGAAGAUUCAGGAAUGAAGCAUCUGUCUGCUGGACUGGAGAGUCCAAACUGUAGACUGGAGACUCUGAGAUUGAAGAGCUGCAGUUUGUCAGAGAUCAGCUGUGAUUCUCUGGGACUAGCUCUGAAGCUGUGUGGUUUUCUGGAGAGUCCAGACUGUAGACUGGAGUAUCUGAGAUUGAUUUGCUGCAGUUUGUCAGAGAUCAGCUGUGAUUCUCUGGUCUCAGCUCUGAAGUCCAACCCCUCCCAUCUGAAACAUCUUGACCUGAGGUACAACAUCAUGAGGGAUUCAGGAGUGAAGCAGCUGCUUGAUCUUGUGAAGAGUCCAGACUAUAAACUGGAGACUCUGGAAUUGUGGUGAUGAUCUUUGUGAAGAGGACGGUGUGUGAGCUGAGAGAGGAUGAGCUGUGUCCUGAUGAUCCAGAGGUUGAAGCAGCAGCAGCUUGUGUGUAGAGAGACUCCGACUCAGAUAAAUGCUGCAGAAUAAACCACAUGUUCAACAGAAACAUGAACUAAAACACACACAUUCUACUCACAGUGAUGCAGCCAGUGUUCGGUUUCAGUCACUCAGCAUAUAGAUGUGACUCUGUUUAUGGACUCCACUGAGUCAACAUUGGAAUCUAAAACCUUUUGACUUUUCUCUGAUAUUUCCUGACACUGUUGGAGCUUCUGUUCAGUUCCAGUGGAUGUGUGUAUAUGCUGGAUGCUUGAAUAUAAUCAAGAGAACAUUUGAAGUAAGUCAUCAUGGAUCUCAUCCCUUUUUUAAAUGUGGAGCUGAUGUGUUCUUGUACAUUUAUAUAUAAUUGGUCUAUUCAUUGUGAUAAAACUAUAUUUGGAUAUAGUUCAGAUGAACCUGGGUGGUAGCUUCUUUUCCUGAUCAUUGGUUCUCUAAAGACACAUUAAUGACCAUGAAGCUGAAAACAUUUCUCAGAAUCUGUUGUACAGGUAAUAUUUAAUAUUUAUAUUCAUAUUUUAAAUAGAUUGUUUUGAAUGGCUCUUUA